AUGAGUCUCUCAGGUGCUGUGGGAUGGUGGGACGAGUGGCAGCUGCGCAUCCUUGUCCUCGCCAGCCUCUUCAUGCAGUACCUCCUCUACCUCUGUGUAUGGCUGCGUAGAUCUCCUUCCAUGUCUAGGAUGAGAGUGCUGGUGUGGAUCGUUUACAUAGGCAGCGAUGCCGUGGCGAUCUACGCCCUCGCAACCCUCUUCAACCGCCAGAAGCGGACAUUGGAUGGGGGGAGCACCGCCCUGGAGGUUCUAUGGGCGCCUGUCCUCCUCAUCCACCUGGGCGGCCAGCCAUUCAUAAGUGCCUACAGCCUCGAAGACAAUGAGCUAUGGAAACGGCAUACCAUAACCCUGGUGUCUCAGGUCACGGUUGCCUUGUACGUCUUCUGCAAGUGGUGGUCUGGCGAGAAGAGGUUGCUGGCAGCAGGGGUCUUGCUCAUUCUAUUUGGCAUCCUCAAAUUCGCCCAGAAGCCAUGGGCCCUCAGGACCGCCAGCUUUAACAGCAUGCCGGCUUCGCUUGAAGUGGAACAUAAAGGGCGUACAUAUUCGCUUGAAGAAUAUGUACAAGAUGCAAAGAAAUGUCUACUGGACACGGAGAAGUCCGGGGGAAGGUAUGGGCUUAGAUCACUAAGCAAUUAUAUGUUUGUUGAUCGGUCUGUUCCAUACUCUCUUCGGAUUAAAGUCCUGUCAGGAUUUAUGCACAGUAAAUAUGAGGAUGAAUACAAAGAGUUGCGGUCUAGGCUUGGAGAUACAUUCAGUAUGCUGUACACCAGAGUACAAUCCUUUGGCACUAUAUAUGGGUCCGGCUUCAUGUUUUUUCUUCCAUUCCUGGCCUUAUCUUCUAUAGUGCUUUUGGCCACGAGCCGCAAGGAUGGCCACGAGGAGAAGGACAUCACGGUGACAUACAUCCUAUUCUGUUUCACCGCCAUGCUGGAGUUCCUGCUUCCUUGCAUGGUUUUGUCCUACAUGAUUUUGGCCCAGUGCAUUUCAUCUUUCAGUGGGGGGUUCCUUAUGAAGCAUUUUGAAGGGUGGCACGACAUGGUAUCUCAGUGCAACAUCAUGUCCUUCUGUGUUCGCAAGAAGAAGCCCACAUUCUUGAUGAAGCUUGCUGCCUUCAACUUUCUAAGGGAGUUUGUUAACCAACAUUGGUAUAUUAAAAAAGAAGCUAGAGCCUACCAAAUCACGGGGGUGGUUCGCCAGCACGUGGAAGAUGGUUGGAAUAAUUACAUAUGUGGCGCCGAAAGUUACAGGAAAUUCAAUGAGCUUCGAGGCUAG